CUGACGUGUAAUAAGUGCGGAGCAACAACAUGGCAGCCCACAGAAAGGUGCCUGCGUAUCUACUAAUAUUCCUAUUUAAUCUUGUAUAUGGUUCCAAAAUAUCGGACCUGAGGGUUUGUGCAGAUAAAAAAUGCGAAGGAAUAAUUUCAUAUGCCUCAACUUUAAUGAAGUUUGACAAGAAGGAUCCAGCAUUUUUGAAUUUCAAAGGUGGAGAGAGAAUCAAUGUGAAGAGUAAAUCUGCAGGGAGUCGACCCGACUUGUGGGGCGGGGAGACAUCAGAUGGAAGACAAGGUUAUUUCCCCAAAGCGUUUGUUCGAGAAUUUAAAGUGGACGUAGCCAACCCUGAAUUUGUUGUACCCACUGAGGAUGUAAGUAUAGAAACACAGCUGGGUAUCAAUCAGGAUGCUCCCCCCCAGCAGCAAGAGGCAGAUCGUGGGGGCGGGGAAUCCGAGGGGAAGGAUGAUACUGAGAUAGAUGACACAGAAAUAGCAGAGGAACCCGAGGCUGAACAGAAAGAUGAACCUGCUGUGGGGGACUCCAGACAAGGACAGAGCGCACAGGGAGAAGAAGCUCACAAAGAUGAAACCGAAAUUGAUGAAACAGAACUUGGGGGUGAUGCUGGUGAGAAACAGCCAAAAGCUGACAGCCAAUCAGAGGCCUCCACACAAAACACAGAAGGAAAGCAACCAAUAGAAGAUGGUAAUACGCCUGAGGAUGAUGAAGAUGACACAGAGUUUGAUAAGGAGGAUGAAGAUGAAGAUAAAGAUACAGAUACAGAUAUUGCAGAUGAACCUGAAGUUUCAGCAAGAGAGGAUGAAGACUUCUUGCUUGGUUUGGAAGACCUUGAUAAGAACUUUUUUGACGUACAUGACAGUUUAGAUGACGUCCGAGAUGUCCCUGCUGCAGACGGAGAGCGUGAUGAGAGUAAAGAUAGUAAAGAGGAGGACACUCUACACAAGGACAGUGAUGGGUCCCAGACAGACACGCCCGCUCGGACUGAUCAGGGGAAUCAGGAGAUUGUGGUAGAUCUGACAGGCAAGGGAGAAAAGGAAGUGGAGGUGCAGAUUCAAGAAGCCCAGGAAUUACCACAGCAGGAUCAGCCCCCACAAGAACAGGAUCAGCCUCCAAAACAACAGGAUCAGCUUCUAAAACAGGAUCAGCCCCCACAACAACAGGAUCAGCCUCCACAACAGCAGUAUCAGCCUCCAAAACAACAGGAUCAGCUUCUAAAACAUGAUCAGCCUCCAAAACAAGAGGAUCAGCCCCAACAACAACAGGAUCAACCACCGAAACAACAGGAUCAGCCACCACAACAACAGGAACAACCUCCAAAACAACAGGAACAACCUCCAAAACAACAGGAACAACCUCCAAAACAACAGGAUCAACCACCGAAACAACAGGAUCAGCCACCACAACAACAGGAACAACCUCCAAAACAACAGGAACAACCUCCAAAACAACAGGAACAACCUCCAAAACAACAGGAACAACCUCCUAAACAACAGGAUCAGCCCCCACAACAACAGGAUCAGCCUCCACAACAGCAGGAUCAGCCUCCAAAACAACAGGAUCAGCCUCCACAGCAAGAGCAACCAAUACAGCAACAUGUACAACCACCACAACAGUCACAGGAGGGUGAUAGACACCAGCAACAACAGCAACAAGAUCAACAGCAUUUCCAGCAGCCUCCUACUGGAAACAAACUUGAUGUAGUUUUGGAUAAACGUCUGAAUCCUAACCAGUUUAUUCAGCAACAACAGCAGCAAGUUCAUCAACAGCACAAACAGCAACAGCAUAUAGAUCAGCAGCAACAGCAACAGCAACAUCCACAUCAUCAGCAACAACAACAACAUGCACAUCAGCAACAACAACAUGUACAUCAUCAGCAACAACAACAUGCACAUCAUCAGCAACAACAACAUGCACAUCAUCAGCAACAACAACAUGCACAUCAUCAGCAACAACAACAUGUGGAUCCUCAUCACCACCACCAACAGUAUCAGAGGGAUCCAAACCAACCUCAACAAACAGAUCACCACCAUCACCAACCACCCCAAACAGAUCACCACCAUCACCAACCACCCCAAACAGAUCACCACCACCAUCAGAGACCUGAUGUUCACAGACAGACACCUCCAACACCAGAUGCUGUCACGGACACACCGCCUGUUGUCAGCUCACCUCCCCCCACAGAGCAGCCUCCGGCCCAGGACCUCACUGGUCAGCCCACUCACAUCCCUGAAGCUGACAUCAUUGACUCCAAGCCAGUAUUGGAGAAACUUCAAACUGGCAGUGAAGAUGCUGAGUCUGUGGAGAGGAUCGUGCAGACCGGCACAGCAAUGGCAGGUGACAGACACAAAGAGGGUGAAGAACAGCAGGGUUUUGAUGCUACAUCACAAGAAAGACAGCCACUAGAACCAGUUGACAUUGGCUUCACUCCUGGUGACAUCUCCCAGCCCAGUCAGUCUGACUUAUCCUCCAGUAUGGAGGAGAGGGUGAUGACCACAGAAUCCCUCCCCACGCCCACACUGGACAUCCAGUCGACUCAGGUGGAGGACCAGGCCGCUACAAAGACAGAGGAACAGAACCUGAAACAAACAGUGAUAGAUGGCACCACAAUCCCCUUGUAUGAUGACAUGGAAGGAGACUUUGGACUCACAACUCCACAGGAUCAGGGAACAUCCUUUGUGAAUGUGGCUGAGGUUUCCGCUUCAGAGUCCCACUACAAAGCAGAUCUCACUGACCUGCCAUUUGCUGAAGAACCUUCCGAUUUCACAUACACACAGGAUGAAGAACCAAAGCAAAAGCAAGAAGAGAAGGAAGAAGAAAAGAAAGAAGAAAAAGAAGAAGAAAAGAAAGAAGAAAAGGAAGAAGAAAAGAAAGAAGAAAAAGAAGAAGAAAAGAAAGAAGAAAAAGAAGAAGAAAAAGAAGAAGAAAAGGAAGAAGAAAAUGAGGACGAAAAGACCACUGUGGCUGACCCUGAGAAAGUUGACAUAUUAGUCAAUGAUACCCAGAAUACAAAGGAACCUGCCCUCCACAUUGAACCUACUGCUGAUCAGAUGUACCAUAGUGAUGACUUCCUGUCACGCAAACCUCUCUCUGUGGGUCAAGGUCAUCCCUCUUCAAAUCAAGGUCACGGUAAACCAGAAGAAGCCAAGCCACCGGUUGAACCAUCUCAAGCUAAUGAAAUCCCUAUAUCAACUUUAGCAUACGACAUCACUACACCUCCAUCAGAUAUUGGGGAAAUUCCACCUCCACUCUCUGAAGCUAGAAGGUUGCCAAACGAUCAGGACCAAGGAGGUCCCCCAGUAGAAGAUCCCUACCAGACAGGUUCUCACAACAGCCGACAAUUCUCCGAGGACCACUUGGAGGAGGAAACCGUAGCUGGAGGAGGAGGUCUGAUGGCAAGUUUGGAGUCCAGCAUGAAGGCUAUCAUUGUAAAGCUGCCCCCAUCAGUGCAGUCCCUCCUGGAGCAAGAACCCCUGGGGCUGUCGCCAACACUCUUUGUUCUGGUUACCAUAGCAGCAAUGAUAUCCCUUGUCAUCAUCACAGUGUGUGGCUGUGUCUGUGGGGGGGGCCAGAAAGUGACUAGGAAGGAUCCUCUUGUGGUUGUGCGUGAGAUUGAGGAGAAGCUGUUCAUUGCUACCAAGGAGAAGGAGAACCUGGAGGACCAACUGCAGCUCACACAGAAGGAGAAAAAACACCUAGAAGAGCAGCUGAUGUCUGAGGAGACUACAUCAGGCGGCGUGCAGACUGAACUACAGAAUGUCAAGCUCCACAACGAGGCUCUGAAGACGCAGGUGAUGAGGUUGGAGGAACAGAUGGAUGACGUCACAAGUCAGCUCUCCUCGACCAAGGGGGACACUCAGUCCAAGGACAAGCAGGUUAAAGACUUACAUAAACAGAUUUCCAAAUUAGACGAAAAGAGCAAGAAGGCAGAGGAACAGUUACAGAAGAAAACCAAGGAACUGAAGGACACCGCGGAAGACAUGGGCACGCUGAAGGGACAGAUCAAGAGCAUCUCGGAGCAGGUGAAACAGCUGGAGACGAGGAAGCAACAGCUGCUCUCGGAGGCGGAUGACUGGAAGGAAAAGGUGGAGGAUCUGAAUGAGAGACUUUGUCAGAACGAGGAAGAGUUCAAGCAGAUGCAGGAGACGGUCGCCUUCAAGGACAACGAGAUGGAGGUUCUGAAGGACUGUUUCCGCCAGCUGAAGGUCCUGGAGGGAGAUGACGGGGAUGAAGUGGACCAGACUCAGGUGGAGGAGAAGAUCCAGAAGAUGAUGGAUGUCUCGAGAGUAAAUGCAUCCCUCCGGGCGAUACAAGACGAGCAUGAUUCCUUGGAGAACAGACUGCAGAUAGAGACGGACGGAAGGAAGGAAGUGGAAGACCAGCUGGAGAAGUGUCGGCGCGACAUGGAGAUCCUGCAGACAGACAAGAUGAAGGCUGACCGCCAGUGCUCAGAGGCUCAGACCAAACUGAACGUGUUGUCCAACUACUUCAAGGAGAAGGAGACCCAGCUACAGAGAGAGCUUGGUGAGCAUGAGGCACUGAAGAAGCAGAAUGUCAACAAGCUGGAGAACAUCGAUGAACGCGCCCGUCUGAUGGAGGAGGAGGUCGAGAUGUACAAAGCACAGGCUGAAGGUUUGAAGAGGGAGCUGACGUCCUCGGAGAGAGACUUCAGGCAACAGAUUUCUGCGAAUGAGAAAAAGGCUCAUGAAAACUGGCUUGCGGCCCGAGCUGCAGAGAGAGAGCUGAAGGAGGUCCGCCAUGAUGCCGGGGUGUUACGUCAGAAGUUGACGGAGCUGGAGCGGCGGCAGAUGAUGGGCCCAGGAGGUUUGAUCCGCCCCCUGCCGACACGAGGCAUGCCACCCCCAGGAAUGAUGAAUGGCCCCCCUCCCCCUCCCGGCAUGGAGCGAUCCCCCUCAAGAGGAUCUAUGCCCCCUCCUCACCUCCGAGACGAUGACUUCCGUGGAUCUCCUCAUGACAGACUCCCUCCCCCUCCAGACCGACGCCCUCCUCCUCCAGGGGCCAGGUUACCCCCCCACAUGCCCCCAGAUGGCAGAUCUCCACCCCCUGGUCGGAUGAUGCAGGAAGGCAGGUCCCCACCCCCAUUUGACCGACGCCCCCCUCACCCUAUGGACAGGAGGACCCCUCCCUACAGGCCGCCACCCCCAGACAUGAUGCCUGGUCCUCGGGGCCCCCCACCUCCCUUUAGUCCAAAUUCACCACCCCCAAGGAUGCCUCCCCCUCAUUUAAUGGACCCAAGGAUGGGCCCAAGAACAUCAUCUCCAAAUGUACGCCCCCCACCCCCAGGCCGUGAUGGCAGACCCCCAAGACAACACAGCCAAGUAUGAAGACACACCCCUCCUGAGCAGACUGUCAGUCACCUGGAGUGGGCGGGCUCACUGCAAUAUGUUGUCCAAUGUGUGAAAGGGAAUGUGAAUGAGUGACAGAUCAGAGCUCCACGCAGGGCACGAUGUUGAAGACAGUGCGCCUACUCACUGUUUCACUCAUUUUAGAGUUGUUAUUUGUUGAUUUUCAUUUUAAUCACAUAAAUCGAAUGGUGAUUGUAUUUCUCAUCCUAAAGAAUAAUGAAAAUUAAUAGGAUGACAUUCUUUGAGGAAGAAAGGUUCUCUCAAUUCAAGGAAAUGAAAAUUUCUGAUCAUGUUCAUUGCAAUGAUUACCGGUCUCCCAUCAUGCUACUUUGUCACAUUUACAAACUCAGCGGUUUUCUGAAAAAAAUCUUAGUUGUUCUUUUAUCUACAUUUGUUUGUGGUAAAAUGGUAGAAUUUCUUCCAAUUACCAUAGAGUGGUCACUUAAGCUCAUUUGAGUAUUGAGAAAAGUCCAUGUUUGUCAUAGUGAUUAAAAGCUUGAAUAGAUCUAUGGAGUUUAAGAUAUGCAUGACACUGACCUUAAGGAAUUGGAGGAGGUAACAAUGGUAACAGUUAAGUCUUUGAUUGGCAUUUAGAACGUGUAGUAGAACAUGAACAUGUGGAAACUCUUAUGGAUAACAACUUGUUUAUUGUUUCUGGUGAUGUUGGAGGGCUACCUUUUGAUGCUUCAUCACCUGUUGAACGAGCCCUGAACCUUAGAAACAACAAAGAUUUUACUACCCUUCAAUUGUUUCCGGUCUUAAUGAUGACAGUAUUGCCAAGUGUACACAUGUAAUGGUCGUUUGUGUCAUAGGCUGUUUAAUAGUAAUCUGAUCGAAGAGGAUACUAAGCUGUGGUGGAGCUUUCUCAUCCUUAUCGACAUUUGUGAAAAGAUGAUGGAUCAAAAUAGAACUCGUAUUUUGGAGUUUGACGACAUCUAUUUUCUUCAUCACCAGUGUUGAUGGUACAGUGUUGAGUUGAAAUAAAUGUAGGAGUAACUCGGUUUUUGAUGGGAAUUCUUGAAAGUAACACCUACAGUUGAAAGUGUGGCUGGAACGAGUCGAGGUUUACUACCCGGGUACAUGCUGCAGGUCUCGAGAGAUGAGUACAAAAUGGCUGUUAGGGAAUAUUUGGACCAUAGUCUUUGCAAAAUGUAUUUAUAUGCAGUAUCAAACGAUCUGGUCAGUCAUACUCUGAAGUCGACUGAAGCUUUAUCUUUAUUCAAACAGAAAAGUCAAAAGGAAUGUGUUCAUGGUCAGAAAGAAAUGAAACAUUAGUAACUUGUAGUGUAACCAUGGACUUCUAGAAAAGUUUUGUCAUUAAACAGUAUCUCACAUGACUAACCACGGGUCCGGGGAGUUGGUACCCAGGUCCUUCUCAGUACCCACCCGACCCGAGUUACCUGUCCCAGCCAGUAGAAGGUUAGUUUGGUAUGGGUGAGGGCAGCCUGGGGUGGAGAUGGUUCACCAGCUGUGGGGAAGCCUCUGUAUUCUGUAUGAUGUUGAGGUUCUACACAACUUCAAGUAGAGUUGUGUCAAGGUGAUGUGGAGGAAAAUACAUAUCUGAGAGAAUUUUGAACACAGAUUUUAUGGGAAGCCAUCAGACAGUAGUUAUGUUGCUGACUGGAGAGAUUUGAAAGAGAGAUAUUGUGCCAUGUUUACAAGCCGAGGUGUACAUUUUGCUGUGUACACUACAAUGCCAUAUUGUAUGAUCAAAGCCAAAACACUGUUGAUAUAGGACGUUAUUUAUUCAUUCCUGUAUACUCCUGUUACAGUAGGCCUGGAUGUCUCAGUGUAAUAUAGGUAGUGUGUUGAUAGUUCAAAUUACUGCCAUGGGAAAAUCAGUUGUCGCCUAGUCAUUUCUUCUUGCAAAUAAUUGUCAUGUAUUCAUACAUUAGCCUUAAAGGUCCUGUGAAACACAUACCCAUUGUUCUGGUGCCAUGGCUGUGUCGGCCUUGAUUAGCAAGUGACUUUAUCUCCAUUCUAUUAUCAUAAACAUCCGGGCGGUGAGGUAGCUUUAUGGUUAGCGCGUUUACUCGUCAAGCCGAAGACCUGGAUUUGAUUACCCACAUGGGUACAAUGUGUGAAGCCCAUUUCUGGUGUCCCCCACCGUGAUAUUGCUGGAAUAUUGCUAAAAGCAGCAUAAAACAAUACUCACUCACUCAUAAAUAAAUAUCCUGGACUCGCUCGCCUCCAGAGGUUCAUUUGAGUCAAAAUAUGACUCCAUAUAAAUAUAUGGCCCUCUAUCAAAAUUACUCUCCUAAGGGAAAUUCUGUGAAAAGUUUGUGAUUAGAGAUGGCGACAACACUUUCUAUUUGUGCAACAAACAACAUAUAUGUAGUACAUGAAAAAAGAACCUUUUAUUUAUAUACAAAUGUUUGGCGUAAAAUUGGGGCUGCCUCAGUUGCCUACUGCGAAAGCCUGGGAUUGCAGUGACCUGGAUGGUGUGAAAGCCUGGGGUCGCGGUGACCUGGAUGGUGUGAAACCCUGGGGUCGUGGUGACCCGGGUAGAAGGAGUGAAUGUCCUGGGGUCUUAGGGACCUGGACUUGUGUGUAAGUAAGUGGGAGGGAUAUACCGGUCCUGGGAUCCGAUGACCUGGACGAUCGUUAGGGAUGUGCUGGUCCUGGGUCGUGCUGACUGACGCUACCUGCUUAAGUAAUGCUCUUUGGGGGCCACAAGCCUUUCAUGCUCUGAGCGUGGAGUAGCUUGUGACGCUUAAAGGAGGUUGUGCAUCAACCAAGAACCCCCAACACUUUCUAAGCAUGGUGGCACGCUGUCCUUUGACUGAGGUAAUAAUGUCAGAGCUAUGAGUAUGCACCUUGUGUAUGGAGUAGCACAAUAUAAGUGAGUGAGUGAAUUUUGUUUUACAUCGCUUUUAGCAAUAUUCCAGCAGUAUCACGGCGGAGGACACCCGAAAUGGGCUUCACACAUUGUACACAAUAUAAGUGCACACAUUGAACAAGUCUAUGGUAAUGAAGGGAUCCAGGGUAUUUAUUGUAAUAGCUCGAAGAUAUUAUGCACUCAAUCCUAGAGGAUGUGACAUUGAGUUAAGGGACAUCCCGGAAUGUUACCUCUGUUGACAGGUGUUAACUGUAAGAGGCUAAUUGGGCCUACUUGUCAAAUACUUCUCAUGAGAGGCUUUCUGUAAACUGGUGCUAUUAAACAGUGGUCAAAACUAUCAGAAUUAAGUAACAAUGACACUCCUUUGCAGGAAACUAGAUGAAAUAUUCUCACCACAAAAGAAUAUUUCAGAGUUGUAAAUUUAUUUUGUCAUUGCUAGCAGUCUCCUUGUAUAGUUCCAUGCUGGUGGGGGCUUGACCAUUAUGGUGUGAAAAUACAGUAUUUGAUUUUACCAAUUAUAUGGAUAAUAUUGAAACGUUCAGUGUGUGUUGUAUUGUCACAUAACUUAAUAAACUUCUUUUUGAUGUAAAGACUUUUCCGUUAAUAUAUUGUAAAUAUUACUUGCGUAUAUUUUGUAAAUAUCAAAGGAGAGUUCCACGUUUAUCAUGUUCUGGUAGAAAGUCAACUGUGUCAGUGUCUUUGAUGUUUUUAUUUAUCACAUGUUUUAUGUUUUGUGAGAAGAAAAAAGGGAAACAUUAUUUCCAAGGAUUCACAAUUUUUGUCUUUCACAAAAAUGAUAUUUGAUUUUUGAGAAGGGUAUAUAGUUGAUUUAUCAUUAAUCCUGUAAUAUACAGAUGAUUAAAAGUAUUUUAUUUUACAAAUCUAAGGCACUUGUUACUUAGAGCACAGAAGCAAAUAUUUGCAUCAGUCUGAAACAAUGACGGGUCCAAAAUAAUAGAAUCCUGAAAGAGUGAUUUGUCUGUCAAUAAAAACAACCUUAAAAUCAAAAGUUAAGCAACCAUUCAAGUCCUUUAGUGGGUGCUGCCUUCAAGAAACAUACAUAUUAUGUCAAUAUU